AUGAACGAUUUAGAUAAUCUAUCGUUUGAUUUAGAUGAUAAUCAACAACCUCGACAUCGUGUUGGGGAGGAUUUGUGUUCAGACUCCACUCAGAUCAACCUAGUCGACCCGAAAGUGUUGCAUGAAUUUAUUGAUGUUUUGCUUGAUUGUAAAAGCAAAUCCUAUAUGCUUUCAGAGAACUAUGUAGAGAAUCUAAUGAAAUGGUCAGGUUAUAUUGAAAAUUCAGGUGGUGAAGAAGCACUAACUUAUAACCAAUACUAUUGCUCUACUCUAAACGAUAUGAUAGAGACAGAGUCAAAGAAGAGAGGAAUGUUAUCGCCCGUUCAAUUGGAGGUGAGCGACCUAUUCUCUAUUGACAAUGUACUCUUUAGAAUAUGGUUAGAUAACAAUAUGAUUGAUGAAUAUCGUCUCUCUUUAUUCCUUACUUAUAUGAUUAAAAAUAAAAAAUAUAUAAAUGAUAAUUCUAUAAAUAAAUUGAUGAGUAUGACAAAUUUAAAUAAUUAUAAAAAGAUACUGUUAGAUAGCUAUAAAAAAAUGGCCAUUACUACUGAGGAAUAUGAUAGUAGUAGUUAUUAUACAAUAGAUAUACUUGGUGAUAGUUAUCAUUGUGAAAGAAAAGCAUGUGCUAGAUUGAUACUGUCCAAACUUAACAAAGAACCUUAUAACAACUCGGUAAAACAAAUUGAAUUACUAUCGGAACUGCUCAAGAAAGAAUCAAACUAUAAUCUUUAUCUAUGGAUAUUAUAUAUUGUAAUAACAACAUCAUCGUCAUCAUCAUCAUCAAAUCAACAACAACAACAAAAGAAUAAUAAACAACAACAACAACAACCACAACAAUCAGUUAAUUCAAAAAUGUUAAUCGAUCUUUUAAAAAAAGAUAACAAAGUUAGAGCACAAUUCAAUUUGGCAUGUAAUGAUGAUCUGUUGAAAUCACUGAUAGCCAUAGAUAAGACAUUCUUUGAAUUUCAUCAGCAGACGCUCUUCACUGUAUUCGAUCACUACUGCUUCAAGGUGGCAACGCCAAACACCGAGAGAGUUAACUUGCUCAUCAACAAAUUCAAAUCGAUACAUACCCUCUCUAAAGUGAACCAAGAGAUUGGCAACCAGAUCACAAGCAAACUACAACCUGUACAUACAAAAUCAAAGACAACCAAACUAUUAAAUCCAGAUCUCUUUAAUUCCAUAUAUACAAUGUAUUUUAAUAAAUAA